GUUCACAGAAACGGUGGCGGAUCUUUGUAUGGUUUUCUUCUCGAUGUUUCGCUAAUAAGAAUGUAGCAUCUUUUAAAUAUUUCACGACCACGGUAACUGCGAUCUUGGAUCCUGCAUUUCUGAGUCAAGCCUCGUCUAAUAAUUUUUUUCCGACUCCCUGCUAACCGCCAUGAGGAUUGCGCACUUGUUCGUCUGCUGUUCCUGACCGAUUACGGAAUGAAAUUCAGAGGAUGAGAGCUCAUCAUCCAACGAAGAAUCUCAGUAAAGUAACUCCGGUUAGGGAAUCUGAAGCCGCCAGAAUGUCACGGAAGCGGACGCGCCAAAAUGAAACCGAAUGGAAGAAAGCGUUCUUUGUGAAGGCAUGACGUAGUAAAGAAACAAGCAGAAGUGACUCAAGAUGCCGCCGUCUUCGGGAGAGCUAUGGGGCUUCACGCUCAUGCCCAACACCAUAGUCGUGGACUGUCUCAUGCCCACGGGAAUCAUCAUACCCCUGGACUGUGCCAGGGAUGCUACGCUGGAAAGCAUCAAAGAUAACCUAUGGGACAUUGCCCAGAAGUACCCGCUGUUCAACAGGCUUGGGGAUCCUUCGUCCUACAUUUUCGUGUCCAUCACACGUGACGCGGAGAAGGAAGAGUUCUACGACGAGUCUCGGAGGCUCUGCGAUCUCCACCUCUUCCACCCUUUGCUGAAGAUAGUUGAGCCCAAGGGAAACACAGAAGAGAAGAAGCUCAACUCUGAAAUCAGACUGGCCGUCGGAGGCUGUGUGCACGAGUUCGACAACAUGAAGGACACGGAGGUGAUCGACUUCCGGCGGAACAUCCUCGGGGUGUGCAAGGAGGCGGUGGACAAGAGGGACUCUGGGAGCGAGGAGUGCCGAGCCUCUUACGUCUACCCGCCCGAGAUUGAGAGCUCACACGAGCUGCCCUCCAACCUAGAACGCAAGCUGGACAAAGGGCUGGUGAUGGUGUGCGUGUGGGUGCUGUCGGACAGUGGGGAGAAGCAGAAGCACACCCUGGAAGUGGACAAGGACACCCGACCGGAGAACGUGAUCAAGGAGGCGAUCCUGAAGAAGCUCAAGUGUAGCCGCAUGCCCAAGGAGGAACAGCUGGCCAAGGCCCAGGAGUACCAGAAGCAUUACCUCCUCAAGGUGUGCGGGGUCAACCAGUACCUGCUCAAGACCUACCCACUCUGCCGCUACAAGUACAUUCGGACCUGCAUAGCCAAGGGCGACAUUCCCCAGCUGAUGCUAAUGCUGAAGGACGCAGUGUACAAGGCCAUCCCUCCAUCGCACUACAUCACACCCUCCUACAUGCGCCGCAACCCGUCCACCUCCUCCACCCAGUCCACCAUGCCCCUCUUUCGGGUGGACGAGGUGUUCCGGGUCAAGAUCCUCGGCGCUUCUUACGUCAACGUCAAGGACGUCGACAAGAUCUACGUCCGCACAGGCAUCUACCAUGGGACGGAGUCCCUGUGUCCCUUUCGGGACACCCAGCACGUGGCCCACUCAAACCCCAAGUGGGACGAACAGCUGGAGUUUGACAUGUACAUUCCGGACAUCCCCCGCUCGGCUCGGCUCUGCGUGUCCAUCUGCGCGGUCUCCCAGCGCAAGAAGAGGGAGGAGCGCUGUGCCAUAGCGUGGGGCAACAUCAGCUUGUUCGACUACAAGAGCGUGCUGCUGAGCGGACGCAUGAACCUGCACCUGUGGCCCGUGCCGAAGGGCAUGGACGAGCUGCUCAACCCCCUUGGCAUCACGGGCUCCAACCCCAACCGGGAGGCCCCCUGCCUGGUUAUCGAGUUUGACCGCUUCCCGGGACAGGUCACGUUCCCCACCAUGGAGCAGAUCGAGGAGUACGCCACCUUCAUCGCCCAGAUAAAGCCCUCGGGGGACGAGGACCCCAGUUCCUGGUCGGAGAACGACAAAGAGCUGGUGCAGGAGAUCAUCAGACGGGACCCCCUCUCCGAGAUCUCGGAACAGGAGAAGAUGCUGCUGUGGAAGAUGCGCUACUACUGCUGCAGCGUGCCAGACUCACUCCCCAAGCUCCUAGACGCCCACAAGUGGAACAGCCGCGAUCACGUUGCACAGCUGUACAAGCUGCUCAAGUCCUGGCAGCAGGUCUCCCCAGAGACAGCGCUGGAGCUGCUGGACUGCAAGUAUGCCGACAUGUUUGUACGGAAGUAUGCUGUGGCCUGGCUGGACGUGUCCCUCUCGGACGAGCUUCUCUCCCAGUACCUCCUGCAGCUCGUGCAGGUGCUCAAGUAUGAACCUUACCUGGAUAAUGAUCUCGGGAAGUUUCUCAUCAAGCGCUCUUUACUGAACUACAAUAUCGGCCACUUCUUUUUCUGGCAUCUAAAGUCGGAGAUGCACGACCCCUCGGUUGCGGUGCGGUUUGGGCUGCUCCUGGAGGGCUUCUGCCGGGGCAUCGGCACCCACCUCAAGUCUGUGGUGCGCCAGGUCGGGGCUCUGGAGAAGCUCACCCAGCUGACCGAUUCUAUGAAGGAGCGCAAGGACGACACACAGAAGGAACGGCUGAAGUUCCUGAUGGAGCAAUUUUCCAAGCCAGAUUUCCUGGAGGCAUUGCAAAACUUUCCUUCUCCACUGAACAACAGCUGCAUCUUGGGAGACCUGAUAGUUGCCGACUGCAAGAUCCUUGACUCUGCCAAGAAACCCCUCUGGCUGCUUUGGAAAAACCCCGAUCACCUGGCAGAACAGAUACUGGACCACCACGAGAUCAUUUUCAAGAAUGGAGAUGAUCUACGGCAAGACAUGCUAACGCUGCAAGUCAUCCGGAUAAUGGACAGCAUCUGGCAGAAGGAAGGGCUCGAUCUCAGGAUGAUGCCGUAUGCCUGCCUCUCGACGGGGAAGCAGGUGGGCAUGAUCGAGGUGGUGCGCAACGCCAAGACGGUCAUGAACAUCCAGAAGAAGGGAGGCCGCAUGGCGGCCUUCCAGGUGGACUCCACCCAGCUGCACAAGUGGAUUAGGGAGAAGAACAAGAGGGAGCGGUACAAGCAAGCCAUUGAGACGUUCACCCUGUCCUGUGCUGGCUACUGCGUCGCCACAUUCAUCCUGGGCAUAGGGGACAGGAAUCCUGACAACAUCAUGGUCAACGAGGAAGGACAGAUCUUUCACAUUGACUUCGGGCACUUCCUGGGCCACUUCAAGAAGAAGUUUGGCAUCAACCGUGAGCGGGUGCCCUUUGUCCUCACGGAAGACUUCCUCCACGUCAUCGCCAAGGGACAAGAAAACCCCAGGAAAAGCAAGGAAUUCCAGAGCUUCCAAGAGCUGUGCGGCAAGGCCUACCUGCUGCUGCACCGCCACGCCCACCUGCUCAUCACCCUGUUCACCAUGAUGCUGUCCACGGGAAUACCUGAGCUCCAGUCCAUCGAUGACAUCGGCUACCUGCGCAAGACGCUGCAGGUGGAGAAGUCCGAGGAGCAAGCCCUGGAGUACUUUCAGAACCAGUUCUUUGAGGCCUACGGCGGAGCCUGGACGACAAAGGUGGACUGGUUCUUCCACAGUGUCAAGCACUUCUAGUGUGCCGCUGCCAGCUGACACAGCGGGAGACAGCAGUGUGCGAAGGCCGGACUAGAGUGAGAAAAACAAGUGUACAGGACGGUGAACAAAGCAACAAGGAACUCGCUGCAGAGUCGGGCAUUGCUCCACGUGGCAGCAUUCUUUGCAUCUCACUGCCGAGAGAAUAAUUUGCUCCCCAUUUUUAGAGGUGUUUUUUUCUCUCUUUGCUAGUAUAUACAUAAUAUACGGACUUUUUCCUUUUUUUUUUGGCUUUACAGGUUUGUUUUAUGAGAGCCGGAAAGGCUGCAUUAAUGGCGGCCUUUGCAGGUAAGUUGUAUGGCCAUUGGGACAUAAUAAGAGGCUGAUCGUGACGAUAAAUUCAACGAUUAACUCAAUUUUUUCAUGAACUUUUAAGUUUGUGGAUAUAAACAUAUGGUUCUUAUUAGAAACUUGCUGAGCAUCGUCAAGAACUACUAUAUCAGCUUUCGAAAGUCUUCAAGCUCGUGGAAAGUGCAGUAGCACGCUAAAGUUAACACUUGUGCAACAUGCAGAAGGCUGGUGGAGAGAGAAUGUGGAUGAUCAGAGAAGACAAAAAAAAAAAAACGCGCAGGCGUGUUAUCACACCGAUAGCCUCGCUCCUGCUGCACGGGUGGUAACUUUAGCACUCGACCAAACUUCUCAUGUGCUCCAAGUAUUUGGAAAAUGGACUGACUUGGCGGCUUUUGAUGGCGCUCAGCAAGUUUCGCAUUUAAACAACGUGUUUAUAUUCACUAAUUAAAAAGUUAGUUAACAUAUUUGAGUUCAUUAGCCUACUUAUCGUGACAAUUAGCCCCCUGUAUUUUGACCCCCUGGCCGUAUAACUCGCCCUCACAAACCGCACUAGUGUAGUAGCUUUCACGGCCUUUAAAAAACAAACCUGUAAAGCCUAGAAAAAAAAAAUACCCUGUAUGUAUCUUGCAGCAGCCUUUUGGUUUUUCAUGGUUCCAUUCCUUUUUUGGGGUACUUAGGGCUAGUAUCCACCAUUACUGCAAAUGCACAGGAGGGAGGGGAAUGUUACGGAACAGCACGUGACAGCACGGCACAUACCAACACGGCACAUAGUCGAAACAACAGAACGUCUGAACGGCGCAAUGCCAAGAGAGCGGCACGCAUCAAAGCAGUGCAGCGAUGAUAGGCAUGAGUGCAUAGCCUGGUGCUGUAUAGAGAAUGUCAUGAUGUGGUGUUUUGAUGGCAUUCCUGAAAGGCUGCAGUUUUAUUCACCACGCAAUAUAUUCUAUCAGCAUAAAUAUUUUUCAUCCCCCAUUUUACUAUUAUGUAUCGAUGAUUUGGAUGGAAGUAUGGAAAUUGAGUCAAUGACGGCAUUCACACAGCUUGUUUAUUUAUUGCCUUUGCCAUUAAUUUUAGCUCAGUCACUGCUAGUAGCGUACUGGGUCCUAAUAAUUUGAAAACACUGAAGUUCAUGGGUUUUAACAACCAGUUGUGGUAGCACAAAGGUUUAUGUAUGAUACAGACUUUUAAUGUUUUAAAUAAGUCGUUUACCGGAGACUUUUGCUGGAGGUUUGAUCAUGAUUUGUGUUCAGUUUCUGUUGUUGCUCUCAAGAUGUAAUGCUGAAAGUUACGUAAAGUAAAAGCACCAUUGACUGCUAAACAUAAAAGUAGAAACUGCAGUGCCUCCCUCCUUUAGGAAGACAAGCUACCUCUACACACAUUUUUUUGUUCACAGUGGAAAUGUCUAUAUGUCUGCUCGAAAAAUUGCCGCCAAUUAAGCUACAGAUCAUUUUCAUUACAAAAUAGUGAACACUUUCAUUGAAGUUCAGUACUUGAAAUGUUUUUCCUACAAGGUGAUAUCUUUGUUAAUGGGAGUCUACAGCCCUUGAUGUAAUAUAAAAUACAGUUUUAAGUAAUAGUUUUUAAUUGUUGGUAAUCUGGAAAUAAUUUUUACUAAAUAUUAUUUCAUUGAGAAGCAUGAUGAAGUAAAUGGUGUAUUUGGACAGCAGUUAAACAAAGGACCAUUGCUAAAAAAAUUCCCUUAUCAGGAAAAGACUGUAAAGUUAAGUUUGAAACUCAUAUUAAAUAUAACUACAAACAAGUUAUCAUAGCCACCUUAAGGCCUUUUCUAAAAUGCCAGAUCUUCUUUCUUUUUUUUUUUUUUCCAUUCGACUGGCUUUGUGGCAUUGAGAUUCUGUAUCAGUUUCCAAAGCACAAAGAUGAGGGUUUAAACCCUGUGUGGUUUCUGUUCUAAGGAGACUUUUAAAUGUUGCUCAUAGCUUCAGUUCCUUAGUUGCUUUACAACACAGAGCCCCAAUUUUUUUCUAUUUUCCUUGCAUAUGCUUGCUUUAAAUGCACUCUUUUGUUUUUUUCGUUUUGUUGUGUACUUUCAUGUCAUGGUGCCACAGGAAGGUGCUUUCCAGUGUCUUUGCAAGUGUCAAUGAUUGUUGUAAUGAGCCUUGCUUAAAAAAAAAAAAAAAAAAAGGAGAGGAGAAAAGUGUGCAUGUGGUGCGUGUUUACACAGGAUUCUUAAUGCAUGUGUAGAUCGAAACUGAGGGUUUUCUUCCAAUUCCUUCCGAACAUUACAAAGGUUUGCUGUAUGUCUUAUCUGGAACUGCUACGUGAGCACAGUUGUGCUAUCUAGAGACAUAUCUGUGCAGGGCCCUUCCAUUUGCUUCUUGGAAAAGGUCUGUAAGCAUCUUUGGCAUGGAUGUUGACAAGAUAAGCCAGAUGCUCUUUUUUUUCAUCUGCUGGUCCUGUUGUGCUUGGAAACUUUUAUAAAUUAGGUUCCCAGCUUAAUAUGUGAUAAGAAGAGUGAUUCUUAUUUUUUUCUUAAUGUGUCAGUUUAGGAUAAAAAAAAAAA